AAUGUCCCGAUUGUGUUCUAUCUAGCUCUGGAAGAAGCUGGUGAGUUUACGCCGUAAGGACGGCGGAAGGCCUCCAUGGCAUCCCGUCGGAGAGACUGCUGGCAUUCCACCAAGGCUGUCUUCCAUUCUACAACUCAACAUCUUGCUUUCGGGCGUAUUCUACGGCUUGCUUCCUUGUCCGACCGGAGGUAGCGCAAGAGCAGAUAGCGGGGUAGGUUCACGAAGUCAUGACUUCUCUGCCAAGUGCUCUCAAAUCUUCCUGUUCGUUCACCCUGGCAGAGAUAUUUAAGAUGGAGUUUAAGUAUCCUGGCGUAUAUGUACUGUACUCUUCCUAGUGCAUGGGAUACUACAAGAUGUCCGAACGACACAGCACCAUCGACAGCGUCGACGUCGCCAAGAUAGAGCUCGACACCGUCCGUACAGCAGGCGUACUGUCAGGCUAUGGCAAAGACGCGGAAGACGACUUACUGUCUGCACCUACGCUUUCGCCUGCAGAGCAGAAGAAGCUCUGGCGCAAGGUCGACAUACGGAUCGUUCCAAUACUCUCGGUUAUGUAUCUAUGCUGUUACCUAGAUAGAGGAAACAUCGGCAACGCGAGGCUUCAAGGUCUUACAACUCAGCUGGACCUGACGGGAAACAGAUAUAACAUCGCUUUGACAAUGUUCUAUAUUCCGUAUUGUCUAUUCGAGCCGCCAGCGAACUUGGUACUCAAGAAGUUUCGGCCAUCGAGGUACAACGUUCUGACUUCAUGCCUCACGGCAUCACGCUGAUACAUCGCAAAGAUGGCUUCCGGGCAUCACUGUGAGUGCUUCGAGUGGAUGCUACGAU